GCCGCGGCCGAAGGUGCCGGCGCCCCCGGGGCCGCCGCCUCCGCGGAGCCUAAGAUCAUGAAAGUCACCGUGAAGACGCCGAAGGAGAAGGAGGAAUUCGCGGUGCCUGAGAAUAGCUCCGUCCAGCAGUUCAAGGAAGAAAUCUCUAAACGUUUCAAAUCACAUACUGACCAACUUGUGUUGAUAUUUGCUGGGAAAAUUUUAAAAGAUCAAGAUACUUUGAGUCAGCAUGGAAUUCAUGAUGGACUUACUGUUCACCUUGUCAUCAAAACACAAAACAGGCCUCAGGAUCAUUCAGCUCAGCAAACAAAUACUACUGGAAGCAAUGUUAACACAUCAUCAACUUCUAAUAGUAACUCCACAUCUGGCUCUGCUGUUAGCAAUCCUUUCGGUUUAGGUGGCCUUGGAGGACUUGCAGGUCUGAGUAGCUUGGGUUUGAAUACUACCAACUUCUCUGAACUACAGAGCCAGAUGCAGCGACAACUUUUGUCCAACCCUGAAAUGAUGGUCCAAAUCAUGGAAAACCCUUUCGUCCAGAGCAUGCUCUCAAAUCCUGACCUGAUGAGGCAAUUAAUUAUGGCCAAUCCACAAAUGCAGCAGUUGAUACAGAGAAAUCCAGAAAUUAGUCAUAUGCUAAAUAAUCCAGAUAUAAUGAGACAGACAUUGGAACUUGCCAGGAAUCCAGCAAUGAUGCAGGAAAUGAUGAGAAACCAGGACCGAGCCUUGAGCAACCUAGAAAGCAUCCCAGGGGGAUACAAUGCUUUACGUCGCAUGUACACGGAUAUUCAGGAACCAAUGCUGAGUGCUGCGCAAGAGCAGUUUGGUGGUAAUCCAUUUGCUUCAUUAGUGAGUAAUUCAUCUUCAGGUGAAGGUAGUCAACCUUCCCGUACAGAAAAUAGAGAUCCAUUACCCAAUCCAUGGGCUCCACAGGCUUCCCAGAGUUCAUCAGCUCCAAGCGGCACCACCAGCACUGUGGGUGGCACUGCUGGUAGUGCUGCCACUGGCACUGCUGGGCAGAGUACCACUGCACCAAAUUUGGUGCCUGGAGUAGGAGCUAGUAUGUUCAACACACCAGGAAUGCAGAGUUUGUUGCAACAAAUAACUGAAAACCCACAACUUAUGCAAAACAUGUUGUCUGCCCCCUACAUGCGAAGCAUGAUGCAGUCACUAAGCCAGAACCCUGAUCUUGCUGCACAGAUGAUGCUGAAUAAUCCCCUAUUUGCUGGAAAUCCUCAGCUUCAAGAACAAAUGAGACAACAGCUCCCAACUUUCCUUCAACAAAUGCAGAAUCCUGAUACACUAUCAGCAAUGUCAAACCCUAGAGCAAUGCAGGCCUUGUUACAGAUUCAGCAGGGUUUACAAACGUUAGCAACUGAAGCUCCCGGCCUCAUCCCAGGGUUUACUCCUGGCCUGGGAGCAAUAGGAAGCACUGGAGGCUCUUCAGGAACCAACGGGUCUAGCGCUACACCCAGUGAAAACACAAGCCCUACAACAGGAACCGCUGAACCUGGGCACCAGCAGUUUAUUCAGCAGAUGCUGCAGGCUCUUGCUGGAGUAAAUCCUCAGCUACAGAACCCAGAAGUCAGAUUUCAGCAACAACUGGAACAACUUAGUGCAAUGGGAUUUCUGAACCGGGAAGCCAACUUGCAAGCGCUAAUAGCAACAGGAGGUGAUAUCAAUGCAGCUAUCGAAAGGUUACUGGGCUCCCAGCCAUCAUAGCAGCAUUUCUGUAUCUUCAAAAAAUGUAAUUUAUUUUUGAUAACGGCUCUUAAAUCUUUAAAAUACCCGCUUUAUUUCAUUUUGACUCUUGGAAUUCUGUGCUGUUAAAAACAAACCCAAUAUGAUGCAUUUUAAGGUGGUGUUCAGUAAGAUGUGUGGGUUUUUCUGUGUUUUUCUUUUUUGGAACAGUGGGAAUCAAUGCUUUUUCACUUAAGGCUACUGCAUGCAUAAACACCUCUGCAUUUAUUGUAAUUUUUAAAAACAUCACCUUUUAUAGUUGGGUGAACAGAUUGUUCUGCAUCUGUCCGGUUUAUUUGCUUUUUAAAACAUUAGCCUGUGGUAGUAAUUUAUGUAGAAUAAAGCGUUAUAAAGCCAAUCA